AUGGGAAAAGAGUCGGCCGUGGUGGUAAUGAGUUUGAGUAAGAUGGGAAAGAAUUAUAGAGCGGCUGCACAUGCUGGUAUUCUCGAGGUUAUGUCCAAGAUGGGAAUAUCAUGUAUUUCGAAUUACAAGAGAGCACAACUAUUCCAUUGGAUUGGACUUGCACCUGACGUUAGGAAUGUCGAUUCUGAUGCGAGCUUGUCGGCACUUGAGGGUGAGCGCUUCUGA